AAGAUUGAAUUAGGCCCAUCAAUUUUCACAAGUGAUGUAAAGAAAUUAAAAAGUAGACCUUUUUUGCUGGACAAUUAAAGUGGUCAAUUAUCACAAUGCAGUGACAUACCACAAAAGAUAAUUGCUUUAUGGUCAGAAUUAUCAAUUAGAUCUUUAAUGAUGAGAAAAAUUGAUAAAAUGAGAGUAUAAUUGAGAAUAAAAUAGAUAAUUAUUUGAAAAUUUGAUUGUAGUUCUUUCAGAACUGUCCAUUGUUUUCUUUAAUUUUCUAGAGGAUGUGCUUGAUUAAUAAACAGGAGUAAAAGUUUUAAGUUCAUUAAGUUAACCAACUCAGUGUCAGAUCUGCUUGAUUAGUUAUGACCAAUGAAGUGAAACAAUUAGGAUAUUUCUAGUAUAAAAUCAAAUUGGCCACUGGCAAUUUCAAACAGUUGUGUUUAUGAAGUUUUACUAGAUACAUUGCAGUGAAAUAGCCUUAAGUAUUUGCAAGUGUUUUGGAAUAGCCUUAAGUCUUGGAGGUUUUGUGAUUAAGUUGUGACUUAGUGUAUUUGAAAGUGACUUAAUUUGUUAAUGAACUUAGAAAAGUAUUCCUGCAAGCCAUUUUGCUUGAGGUACUUAUUUUGAACAUUGUGAUUUGAUAAAAAUAAAAGUGAGGAAAAUGGCAACAGAGAUGACAUCACUGGCAAAUAAUAAUAAUAACAUAGGAAUGCCUGGAGAAUUAAAAUCAAAUUUACAGUUUACUGAUCUUGGAAGAGCUUCCCCUACAUACUACAAACAGGAAAAUGUUCCGUCUGCUUUUGAACGUGUAGAGAAUGGUCAUCUUGGACAUGGACAUGAGGAGAGACGGGAUAUAUUCAGCAACCAGUCAGGAUUUCUCCCUGCACCGGUCACAUCAGUCGGGUCGUCACACUUUACAUCGUUUCCACCACAGAUUUCCGACUACCAGACCCCUUACUUUCCGCCACCUUUUAACCCAAUUCCACACCAGCCUCCACAGUUUCAGACGCAUUUCAACCCAGAUCCUUACUCGCAUUUCCAAACAGCGCAGCAUGCUUACCAACCUAUAACAUCAGUGGCGGAUAGAAGUUUGCAGCAGCACAGAGAUGACUUGCAGAAUUUACCGGCUGCCCAGAUUCAUAAUGAUUAUACAUCUAUGCCAAAAGUAGAAUAUCAGAUGCAUCCAGGGAUGCAGCCUAUGGUUUAUAAUGACCAUGAUCAAGACAUUAUGCACAUGAAUGGUGGCGAUUUUAUGAAUGGAGAAAGUGACGAGGAAGAUAGUGGACAUGGCGGGAAUAAAACAUCGGUUAUCAAACGAGUUGUUCACCCAAAAUCAGACUUUGCGAAGCCAAUCAUGGUUAAUGGUAUGACACAGGGAGCUCAAAUGGAUGUAUUCUGUGCUGUCCCAGGACGUCUUGCCUUGCUCAGUUCUACAUCAAAGUAUAAGGUGACAUUAGCCGAAGUUCAGCGAAGAUUAAAUCCACCAGAGUGCAUUAAUGCUUCGUUGUUGGGAGGAAUCUUGAGAAGAGCAAAAGCUAAAAAUGGCGGACGAUGCUUACGUGAGAAAUUGGACAAGCUUGGUAUGACUCUACCAUCAGGCAGGAGGAAGGCGGCAAAUGUUACGUUGUUUACGUCCCUAGUAGAAGGUGAAUCUAUAAGACUAGCUCGGGAUUAUGGGUAUCUUUGUGAGACAGAGUUUCCAUCAAAGGCUUGUGCGGAAUACAAUUCAAGGCAGUACACUGACCCUAAUGAUCAACACACCAGGAAAAACAUGGUUCUUGCUACAAAACAAAUUUUGAAGGAACUGAUGGACCUUCUCAACCAGGAUAGAUCUCCGUUAGGCAACACAAGGCCUCAAGUUAUACUGGAGCCGAACAUGCAGCACCACCUGUCACAUUUCAGCCUCAUCACCCACGGGUUCGGUUCCCCGGCUGUUGUUGCAUCCCUCACCGCUGUACAGUCUUACCUCAAUGAAAUGUUGAAAAUAAUGGACCCAAGUAUGAAAAAUACAGACAAGAAAGGAAAGUAGAGGAAAGACAUUACUGUGUGUGUAAAAGCAUUCCAAUAAAGUCUAAACUUGUUCAGGCUUCACUGAACUAAGGGUAAAAAUCACAAAUAACAGGUGAAAGCAAGUAGCCUUGAAUGGUAAGCUUGCAGGAAUAAAGCAACUAAUUAAGUUGAAAAUGUAGAAGUACUCUUGUAUUUACAAAUAAGGAGUGCUAUAUGCUUAAACAAUGUCUUGCCCUGUUUGUUUUUAUUAUUUUGCAUUCAACUUGCUUUUCAAGGCACAUAUGCCAGAAUUUCUCUAUUGGGGGAAAAGUUUUUGUUCACAUUUCAAUAUAUUUGACUUUCUUUUCAAACUUUGAAUUCGAAAAAAUUAAAAGAUAUACAUUUAUACAUGUAUGUUAUUUAAAAUGGUUAUAUGCAAACAAUUUCUACAUCUUAAUAUAUUGUUUGAUAACAAAUCAUUUGCAUUCUUUAUUUGUUAAUUUUUGUUUUUAAAAAUGUUCUUUUUAAACAUAAUGAGUAAUAAAAGUGACUUAAGAUACAAACCUAAAGAUAACCUUUUAUGGGAAAGGCAUUGAACGGCCCGGAGCAAUAUUUUUAAUUUUAUGUAAACAUGUGGAUAUUACAAAUAUUGACAUUUUCCCAAUAAUGUUGAGUGUAAAAUCGACCAUAUCUCAAAGAUCUGUUUUAUUUUAAAACUGGACAUUUUGAUCAAGAAGAUAGUUCAAUAGUAUAUUUAUGUCCGAAUCAUUGCAUAAUAUCAAAGUAACUGAUGUUUGACUAUCUUAGAUUUCAACGAUGAUAAUUUGCACAUGGUAUUUUGUUUUUCCGCGACGGAAAAUGUUAUCAGCUGUCCAGGCAUGUGUUUGUUUGGACGUCAGUGACUGUUUAAAUCUUCCGUUGCUUUUUGAAAUCCAAAUUUGACAUUUUUUGAUGGAUCAGAUUUUUGAUAUUUGUGCAUCUGAAAUUUAAUCAUGAAAAAAAAUCAGCGAAAUUAGUUUAACUGUACAGUGUUAUUAUGUACAUCACUUUGAAAACAUUCCACACACAUUUGUUUUGUCCAGUUUAUAGUUUUGUAGAUGAAAUCCAGAUGUAUAAAAAAACAUUUAUUUAACAUUUAAUAUUUUUUUCAUUUAUUACAUGAUAUUGAUGUUUAAAAAUACAUAUAUGUAUGUGUAUAUAUAUGUCAACUUGAAAAUAGUAUUAAUUUAUUGUGUACAUGAAAUAGUAAAGAUAAUACAUGCUGAGGUAUCAUUUGAUAUAGGUAUUAUGUACAUGUAUGAUAUUGUGAAAGAAAUUGUGUAAAGAAAUCCUUGAGAAAUCCAAUAUGAAAAUAUUGAUUUGGAAUAUCUCUCAUAUUAUCCAUUUCUGUGACAUAUGUGUAAAAAAAACUUGUCUGUGUAAUGAAUUGUUAAUGUGUACUAUGAAAUUGUAUAUUCAAGUCCCUUCAAAAGGCUGCCUUUGCCACAAAGGCACAUAUUAUGUAUUUUGUAAAAUACUAAUUCCAUGUGGAAUAUAAAUCAGUGCUUUUAAUUGAUAUGAUUAUGUUUUUAACAAUGUUAUAAUUGUAAAAUAAAU